AUGACAUCCAACAAUAGUGCCUCUUCAAAUUGGGAAAUGGCAUUUGGUUUUUAAUUUUACUCAAAACAAACGCACAAGAACAAUACAUCCAUGUAGUUUCCCUCUUUUAUUAGCCCAAAAUCUCCAACCAAACUCAAGAUAAACUCUUGCAAAAUCAUAAAAAUGGAAGAACACCAAAGACAUUCCGAAAACGAAAGCAAGAAGAACUCCUUGUUAAUAGAAAUUCCAUCAUACCAACAAGUUCUUGAGAGCCAACAAAAAUCUACACCACCUUCUUUCUUCACUCCAUCUCCGACCUUUUCUCAAGCUUUUGCCGCUAUCAAGAAAUCUGAAUUCUACAUUCCUCCACCCCCUCCUUCCUCCACUACUGAUUCUCAAUCUUUCGCCUCAAAUUCUGCUACAAAUGCUUCGUCCUUCUCUUCUGCUGUGCCCUCUUCAUCCGGGCAAACUGGGGUUUCAACUACUCCUGUUCUGAGGAAUAAUGCAAUUCUUGUGAGCCACAGGCAGAAAGGCAACCCUCUGCUUAAGCACAUCAGAAAUGUAAGGUGGAAUUUUGCUGAAGUUGUUCCUGACUAUGUUCUAGGGAAGAAUUCUUGUGCUCUUUAUUUAAGUCUUCGCUAUUACUUGCUUCAUCCAGACUAUCUGUACUAUCGCAUAAGGGAACUUCAGAAGAAUUUCAGACUCUCUGUGGUAUUAUGUCAUGUUGACGUGGAGGAUGUAGUCAAGCCUUUGCUUGAAGUCACCAGAACCUGUCUGCUUCACGAUUGCACACUUUUGUGUGGUUGGAGCUUGGAAGAGUGUGGUCGAUACCUAGAAACAAUAAAAGUCUAUGAGAAUAAGCCUGCCGAUAUCAUUCAAGGUCACAUGGACUCCGAUUAUUUAUCAAGGCUGAAUCAUGCCCUUACUGCAGUUCGGCAUGUUAACAAAACUGAUGUAGUCACGCUUGGUUCUACAUUUGGGUCUCUUUCUCAUAUCAUGGAUGCAUCUAUGGAAGAUCUUUCCCGUUGUCCAGGCAUUGGUGAGCGCAAGGUUAAACGUUUGUAUGAGACCUUUCACGAACCCUUCAAACGUGUAGUGCCAAGUCGUCUUGCUGUUCCUGUAGCUCCUGCACCGAAUGAUCUAAAUCCAGGCUCCUUCGGAAAUGAAACACCCGCUACUGAGACGGAAUCAGUAGACACAAGCAAGCGUCAGAAAAAGGACUCAGAAGCAACCGUAAAAUCAGCUUUAUCUGUAGCUUUCGCCAAGUAUUCAGACAAAAUUGGUAAGAAAAACUCUCAAGCAGAUAAGGAAAGUGGUGAAGGUUGUUCUAACAGGAAACAGAACUCGGAAGCUGAUUAACAAUUUUGAAGUCGGAAAUUUUGUAUGCGGAAAAAUUUGCUCGGCUACUUAACCUUGUCAGAGUUAUGUGGCAAGAUAUCAUCGCGAUAAAGAACAAAGGCUUUCACAUUCAGAGCAUAGGUGUUUCGUAUUCUUCAUCAGGUUUUCCUCGCAAUAUGUAUUUCCUUAUUUGUCUUGUACUAUACUACUCCCAUGUCCCGCCCUUUGAAAUUGCUACAUAGUGAGAUUUUCCUUGCAAUAUGUCACUAUUAAUAGCAAUCUAAUCAAUUUGAUCUCAAUGAGACAUAGGACUAUUUAAGUUUUAGCUUUAGUUAUAUUAUUUUAUGUAAAUGAGAGUUAGAAAUUAGUGCAUUUAAAUUUUAAUGUAAAUUGAGAAAAAUUACAAUAGGAACUUUCUUUGUUUUGGAUCAUUUUAGACAGGACAAAGUGCAGUAUCAUUUACAGCACAUGUCAUGGUCCCAAAAGUGGCAGUGUCGUACAUUUUAACUUAGAUUCAAAUACUCUUACAAUAUGUGGCAUUUAAUGGGUUUUGUGACUUCUAAAGUAUAUAAAUUUUGCAAUAUUU